CCCCGUUGCGCACACGCGCAUUCUCUGCAGCCGCACUGGAGAGCUGCGGUUGAGGUGACGAUUUAAUCUCUCACGCCUCAUUAAGCAGGAUCCGCCUGUGCAUGCGAGUGCGGUUUACACACAGACCGUGAGCGCGUCUGCAUGCGCUAAUGUGAGGAAACACUCCACGAGAAAAAAAAAUCCUGUGUGGGUGGGAGGACAGAAGGAAGGACGAAGAGAGGAAAGCUGGAUCGGUUCACAGGAGCUCCAUGGCAAACGCGCGUAAUGGCCACUGCAUAGGAAUCUAUCCAUCGUGACGGCUGCAGGGUGUGAAACUAAAGUAGGAGUGCGAGAGGAGUGCAAGAGCAGAAAGAAGAGGGAUCUACAAUGGCGGCAGAAGAGAAGCCUGCAGUGAAGAGCAGUAGCUCCAUUGUACCAUGUUUCCUGUUUGUAGAGCUGGUGAUCAUGGCAGGAACCGUUCUCCUGGCGUACUACUUCGAGUACACGGACACCUUUCCCGUACACAUCCAGGGAUUCUUCUGCUUCGACAAGACGUUCUCCAAACCGUACCCUGGACCGGAUGAGAGCAGUAACGUGCCGCCGGUGCUCGUCUACUCUCUGGUUGCUGCGAUUCCUACUAUGAUCAUCCUGGCUGGCGAGGUGAUGGCGUUUUUCAUGAGGUCAGAGGGCACGCAGGAGAAGACCAUAGUCACCGCCGACUGCUGUUACUUCAACCCCCUGCUGAGACGCAUCAUACGCUUCCUAGGUGUCUAUACCUUCGGCGUGUUCACCACCACCAUCUUCGCCAAUGCUGGACAGGUGGUGACAGGAACCCAGACGCCUCACUUCCUGUCAGCGUGCAGACCGAACUACACAGCACUGGGAUGCCAUUCCAACUUACAGUACAUCACUGAGCGCAAAGCCUGCACAGGGAACCCUCUCAUAGUCGCAUCUGCACGCAAAUCCUUUCCCUCCAAAGAUGCGGCCCUCAGUGUUUACUCUGCAGUGUAUACCGUGAUGUACGUGACGCUGGUGUUCAGGACUAAAGGGACGCGUCUGACCAAACCCACGCUCAGUCUGACUCUGCUGUGUCUGGCCAUGUUGGUGGGUGUGGUCAGGGUGGCUGAAUACCGCAACCACUGGGCCGACGUCCUCGCUGGAAACUUCACUGGCGGAGCCAUCGCUGUCUUUCUGGUAACAUGCGUGAUCAACAACUUCCAGCAGGCAAAGCCCCCGCCCCCACCAGCGCGACCCCAGCGUCCUGAGUCAGUGCUGGGCAUGCCCAUGGUGGCGCUGCCCUGCGUAGAGAGUCCACUUGAAAAGUUAAGUGGCACUCAGACUCCAAGGGGAUCUUCAUUCACUGAGAUCACAUGACCAUCAGCCUCAUCGGUUCCCCGUCCCCCCCGAUGUCCUCAUACCGUCUCGCUCCAUUUCCAGCGAAGUCUAGACCAGCCGUCCCAGCACGCGCGCCACUGCGCCGCCCACUCCGCGGGACACUCCUCCACUCUGCACCGCUCCUACUCCACGCAGGUCUAGAUUUACUCACCUCCAACCCCUCAUCCUCCAUCAUCCUCCAUGCUGCCGAUAGGGCCUCCACAAACCGCUCAAACAAACAACGAGAAGCACUUGUAGAGAGCCUGCUCGAAGAUCUCGAACGCCAGGAAUCACAGGUUGGCGUCUCACUCUUGCCAGAGGGUUUGUUUGGACUGUGGGUGGAGGAUUCGAACGGAUUUUUUGGGUGGAAGACCUCAAACCUCAACCUGACCUAUUUCCUCGGGAACCGAUGAAGAAGUCUUGAUCAGCUUUUGGCUGAAAUGCUCGAUUUUUACUGCAGAUAUUUCAAGUCAUAUGUAAAUACAUGCACAGUUUUCUUCUUCUUUUGGUUAAAGGCAUGUCUAUUUUUUUCUAUUUUGUUCAUAGUACUGAUUAAGUUUUUAUAUUCAUCACAUGGAGUACCCGUUGGUUGUCUUUGAGUCAUGUUCACUAUGCACUUGGGAUAAUCUUCAUCAGCAUCAGAUACCUGGACUAUAUAAGUGCACAUCAAGAAUUCCCUUUAGGAAAAGACCUCUAAACUUGGACACGUUCUUGAUACCAGCUCUUAUAAUAACGUUUGGAUGCAUCGUAAAGAAUUGCGCUGUUUAAUGACAUGCACACAAAAACUCGACCACAGCAUUCUUUUUCAUAUUUAAUGUCCAGUUUGUGCUCACAAGGAUUUCUCCACCAGCUAGACGUAAUGCACAGUCUGACAUGAGCCGUCAUUUUCAUUACUGUCGCCCCAGACGCAACACAACGCUUUCAGACACUAGACAUUCUUACAGUUUGCCAUCAAAGACGGAUUGGAUUCUUCGUUUCUGAGGAGAGAAAAGCAAGAAUUGCAUCCCAUGACGUCAACAGAACAAUAAAGACAACAUCUGUAUUGUUGUUGGUAUUUUUGUGGAGGUUUUCAAAAAUGCAGUAACCGAAGGUCGGUUAGUUUCUUUCUUGUAUAGUGAAUGACCUUUUCACCAUGUGUUACUAACAGGGUUGUGCACCAUACAGAAUUGAAUUGAAAAUGCCAUUUAAUUUACAAUUCGGUUCCCGAAUUUGAAUUGAACUUGAAUUGAGGUAGCAGACAGAUGCAGAAUUGCAGUUCAAAUUUGAAUGUAAGGAAGUGAUUGAAAUUCAAAGAAAUUCAAGU